GACAAGACUGGGCGGUGGUGAUGCAAUAGAGGGUUUUCUUCCUCCUUUCCUGAAGGGACCCAGGUGUCCGGUUUCCCCAACCUAGGGAGGUGAAAAAGCAUCUGGCAUGCCUUCUGGUGUUUACCUCUCCAUCUACCUGCUCACCAUCCUGACGGGCUUUCCCACCAACCUUCUGGCCCUGUAUGCCCUCAUCAAGAAGCUGAAGACCAAGGCCACGCCCAACUGUGUCCUCCUCCUCAACCUCACUGUUUCUGACCUCUGCUUCCUGGCUUUCCUGCCCUUCAAGGUGGCAGAGGCGGUUGCCGGGCAGUGGCCUCUGCCCGCUCCCCUAUGUCCCCUCAGCGGCCUCUUCUACUUCAGCACCAUCUACUCCAGCACCCUCUUCCUCACGGCGGUGAGCGUGGAGCGCUACCUGGGCGUGGCCUACCCCAUCCACUACAAGCUGAGGCGCCAUUCGGCCUACGCGGCUGUGGCCAGCCUAGGCCUCUGGGCCUGCUCCUUUGCCCAUUGCAGCAUUGUGUACAUCACUGAGUUUCAGCCAUACAACAACACAGAGCCAGACAACGGCUCCCAUAAGAACUGCUAUAAGAACUUCACAGAUGUCCAGCUCGCCAUCCUGCUCCCCGUCCGCCUGGAGCUUGGCAUCGUCCUCUUCCUGGUCCCAUCCUUGCUCACUUGCUUCUGCUACUUUGGCUUCAUGAGGAUCGUGAUCUCCUCGCCGCACAUCCGCAGGAGCAAAAAGCAGCGAGCCGUGGGGCUGGUGUCGGCCACGUUAGCCGUCUUCAUCGUCUGCUUCUCGCCUUACAACAUCUCCCACGUGGUGGGCUUCAUCCAGUGGGAAGAUCCACGGUGGAGGGAUGAAGCCUUGCUGCUCAGCACCUUCAAUGCCAGCUUGGAUCCGGUCAUCUUCUACUUUUCUUCCUCUGCAGUGCAACGUUCAUGCUGGGGCUUCCUGACCCGGGUAGAGAGGGUCUGUGCCUUGCCUUCAGUGAUCCGCAAGGUGUUCUAUAGAGAGAGUGAAAAACUGGGGAGAGCAGGCCCCCAGGAGGCAGUUUGCUGUUCCAGGUUAUGACCAUCUACAUCUAUGGACAUGACCAGAGACUGAGACUUUCUUUGUGGGCCAAGCAGAUACUACAACAUUUGAUUUAAGUCUGACAGAAAUGGCUCCAGGCCCCCGAAACUGAAAUCUCAGUAUCAUGCACCUCUGCAGUUUCUGCACCUCUGAGGCUAGCUGGACUGUGCCCAGAGAAGCUCCAUAAGUCCUUUUCCACGCUGGGUUGAGGAAUCAUGGAAUUGUAGAGUUGGACAUCUAGUCUAACCCCUUGCAAUGCAGGAAUCUUUUGCCCAACAUGGGGCUUGAACCCACAACCCCAAGAUUAAAGGUUUUAAUGCUCUACCAAUUAAGCCUCUCCCCUCUUGGUUCUUGAAGGCUAGAAGUAAUGAUGGGUGAGAGCCACUUCCCUCCAGUUUUAUUUUGAAUAUGUUUUGAAGAAAAUAAGUUUAAUUUGGUGAGUGCAUGUAGGAUGCAAGAUCAUUCUGACUAGGCACCACUGUCAUGAGCUCCACAAGGCAUGGGGCUGA